AACACUCAUCAUGUCAAAUCCUUUCAAUUUUUUCUAGCUGACCUCUGGUCUGGGCUCGGGAGGAUCCACAGGACUUCCCUCGACAAAAGUGCUAUAAUUUCCCAUCAGUUUUCAAGUGGAUGGGAAGGGGGCUCAACGGAGAAAUCCAAGAGUUUGAAUGAAUAUGAAUGGGAUGGAUGGAUGAGUGGAAGGAAGCAGACUCACAUGUUCCCGAUCCACAUGCGCCUCUCAGGAUGAGGAUGAUGACGAUGAUUCUGAUUUUGAAAACCACUGACGGAAAAAGGACGAGGAACUGCACGGAGCUCGUGCCAGGUCAGCUUUGAAAACCAUGGGGAGAGCCUCAGAAUGUUGCUGAAGACUGAAUGAAUGUAUGAUUGAUUGAUUGAUUGAUGGCGACGAGGAGCACAAGGAGAUCAAGCGAGUGAGAAAUCAUUGGCAAGGAAGUGGAUGACCAGCAGAAGGAAUGUGAAGGGCAAAAGGCCUCAGGCAUCGACUUCAAUCAAGCAAAGUUGGUUGGCUGAUGAUAUCUUUUACAAUGGAAGAGCUGGAUCGGAUGAGGAGAUUCUCACAUGCUGCAUCGCCUCCGUAGGAAGCAAAGUGAGUGAGCCAACAAUGAAAUGGGGAAAAGAGCAGAACAGUGCAUUUGAAGGUCGAGGGAGGAGGCGUGGUGGGGCACAUGAUCUACAGUACAGUCCAGUAAUGCGGACAUUGUGGAGGAGAAGAAGGUCAUGGCUCCAUGGUUCGAGACACACGAGGACCACGGCUGAGACAGCGGGCGAGCCCCAUCACAAGUGUUGUGUCGACACGAGAGGUUGCGAUUGUAGAAACCCUCUCUCCAAUGAGAAGGAGAAACCACUCCGAUCCCCAAUUGCUCCAUCCAGGUGCGGAUCAGAGCCUAGGGUUUGACGGUCUGGUCUCGUCUGCACUUCGUCUCCCUCUAUGGAGCCCGUUCGUUGCUUGUGGCUGGAUGGCUCCUUGCCGCGACAAGAAGAAAAUCAAAUCCAGCAGUUUGGCGUUUGAAAUGAUGGGAACAGAUUGGCGGGACAGAGAUUUUAGGAUCCGCUAGCCUGCAAUUAGGAACCAUCGAGGAUUGAUUGAGGAAGAUGAGCAUUUGAUGCAUGCUCUGCCUGCAGAGACAGAAUUUCUGAGGAGGUAGGUAUUUUUCUGAACACUGGAGUUUCAUUUCAACAGGUGUGAGAGAGAAUCUGGCGAACAUUUUUUUUGCGUUUUGUGGAAUCUUAGUGGAAAGGGCUCGAGUAGCAGCGACUGCUCUAGUGCAUCGGUCGCAAAAGUCAGAAGGAGGAAAUUCAGAUGGAGACGGACUGGAGGAGACUGUAGGAGCUGCGUUUGGAGGAGUUGGAGUUGGACGCAGGUUUGAGCUAUGGGACCCGGAGGAUGUUUUCUUUUGAAUCUCAUGCUCGUGUUUUCCACCGCCGUCACCACAUCUGCCUCGAGUUGGAGAUCUCCCUACACAAAUUUUGAUCAGCAACCUGACUGGAAGACACAACAACAUGCAAAUUCUGAGUUCAAUCAAGUUCAUCGUAGUCGUCAGAACCUAAUCAGACAAACCUCAUUGCGCUGGCAGCAAACCCGACUGUCGGCGGCUUCCUCUUCCAGAUUUCGAUAUCAGGGACUCGAGGCAGGCUUUUAUUACUCCAGAGUAUUCUACGUCACAGACAACGGGGCAGAUCCCUCAGGGCAAAAAGACAGCACAGAAGCUCUACAGAAAACAAUCACUGAGGCUUUUGCUGUGGGUUCCGCUCAUGACCUCGACCCUGGUAUUCCCGAUCUCGGAGGAGUGGAGGUUCAUCUUGAGGGUGGAGAAUAUCUCAUCAGUGCUCCUCUCCAAUUCCCAGCAACUGGAGGUGGCAAUAUCGUGAUACAUGGAGGCACACUGCGAGCUAACGAAACAUUCCCAACGGACCGCUACCUGCUGGAAAUGUGGUCAGCAGCUGGAAUUCAACGAAGAUCUAAUCGCACAGUGGCAUCCCUUCGAGACAGGAGUCAUCAUUCGUUGAACUGUUUAAAAGACUACAUCGCUUCCUACGAAGACAUCACAAUCAGGGACAUGAUGUUCGAUGCAAACUUUCGAGGAGGAGGUCUCCUGAUCGUGGACUCCAUUCGUAUCAACGUGGAGAACAUGUAUAUGUCCCACUAUACAACUGAUGGAAUCCUUGUGGAGGGAAGCCAUGAGAUUUACAUACAGAACUCCUACUUUGGACAGUUCAUCACCACGGGAGCAUCUCCCCUCGAGAAAGAUUCCAGUGGGGUGGCCAUCAACAUAAUCAGCAAUGACAACGUAGUAUCAAAUGUGGUCAUAUUCUCCGGAGCUGUGGGAGUCCAAGUGAGCGGACAAGGGAAUCUUUUGACAGGAAUUCAUGCUUACAACAAACCCACGGACUUGGGUGGCAUAGGAAUAUUCUUGCAGCUGCCGGGCUACUCGCAGACGCGCAUCCUCAACAGCUACUUGGAUGGGACUGGGAUAGUGGCAGAUGAUCCUGCACAGGUCGACAUAUCUCACAAUUUCUUCAACGGGGAUGCCUAUGUGCUCUUACGGUCCAGUAAAGUCGACCACUCCAUCGAGCAGGUGACCAUCAUGAACAACAUGUUUGCCGGAAGCUGGAGGGGCACACCCAUCGUGCAGCUAGAUCAGAAAAUGGGAAGUUUUGCUUUCGUGGAUCGGACUAUAGUGGAUCAGAACACAGCAUACGGGAUGAAGCUCAAAGCCACUGUGGCCAGAGCUACUGUCAGUGGCUAUGGCAGGAAGUUUUCCACUGAUAUUUCUGACAGACUACUCUUCCCAAAUCGCAUACAAAAUGUACAAUAUUCUCUUUUCGUUCCAACGUCUAACUCGUACCCGAGGUAUGCUCUACGAUCAGUGCAAGACAAUCGAGUGCUUGUUGAAGCAGACUGUAAAGUUUCAGGGACCUUGACCGUGGUGGUCGAUCAAAGUAGUGACAUUCUGUACACGGUGGGUUCUGUCUCUGCGUAGACCAAAAAAAUCAGAACUGAUCUUAUUUUCUUUAGGACGCAGCACCUGAAGCGUCAGAACAGGAUUAUGCGUCGUGCAUCGGCUUGUACAUGUACUGUGAAUACUAAUUUGUCAUGAGUUCGGGAUUAGCUACGAAUGACUCCAUAGCUCUUACCUGCUUGUAAAAGGCCCAUGAGAGUGCUAGCAAUUUUGCAAGAGCACAAUUUUGUUUGUAAGAUUUCUUAAAUUAAACUUGGAGAAACUCUUGAUCAGGUUAUGGUGUGAGCUCCAACAGAGUCGGAGCUUGCACACUUCAGUUGGUUUUGCACACAAAGUUUGUAAUGGAGGACCUUCGAGAUACGACCUUCCAAGACACGUCGAGUAGACUUGUGUCC